CUACAAGUUGCACUUGAUGUUAAACAACCACAAGAUUUAGUGCAAGAAAUUGAGCCUGAAGAACAAGCUGGUGAUUUGCUUAUUGAUGAAACACUUUUUGAAGAAGACGAAGAAGAUCUCCCAAAGGAACAGUUAAGAAACACAAGUGCAGCAUAUCUUUUGCAACUCAAGGAAACAUACAAUCUCUCACAAAAAGCUCUGGAUGACAUUAUACAGGUUACCAGUACUCUUGUCUCUGCUGCUGUCAAGUCAGUAUGUGUUAACAUUGCCAAUAAGCUUUUGAUUAUGGAGAAAGACGAAUAUCAUGUGUUACAAAACAUAACAUGGCAAACUUUAUUUGAGCAAAAUUCUGGGAAGGCAAGCCCAUUUCAAAACCUUGAAACAGAAAAAAGACAAAAA